AGCAGUGGGAGGGCCCCGGUGGGACCAGCCCAGUGGCGCUGACAGGAAAGCCGGAGCGCACCCGGGCCUCGGUGCCCCCCCUCCCUCUUUCCUGACACCGCUGCCGCCGCCGGCUGAGAAGUUUGACUCGGAGCAACAGCCCGAAGCCGCUCCUCCUCCUGCUUCUGCUUCUGCUUCUGCUGCUGCUGCCGCCGCCGCCGCCGCGCGCGCUGCCUCCUUCUCUGCUGCGGCGCGAGGCGACCACGCCUCGUGGGCUUGCAGGGGCGGUCUCGGGGUCUGGGAGAGUGACGAGAAAGAGGCGGAGGAAGAGAAAGAGAAGGCGGCGGCGGCUGAGGAGGAGGAGGAGGAGGAGGAGGAGAAGGUGGAGGUGGAGGCGGCGGCGGCGGCGGGACCCGCAGCUUGGUGGGCGUCUCCUCACGGGAGGGACCCCGCUCUCUCGCCGCCGCCCCAUCCCGUGCCCACUACCACCAUGGCAGCGCGGUCCCGGCGCCCCUGGCUGAGCGUGGUGUUGGGGCUGGUGCUGGGCUUCACCGUUGCCUCCUGGCUCAUUGCCCCCAAAGUGGCCCAGCUAAGUGAAAGGAAGAGGCGAGGCGGUGGCGGCGGCGGCGGCGGCGGCGGCCACGGCGGCGGGGACUAUGGGGGUGCCCCGGGCUGCGCCAAGACCCGUCACUUUCUCUACGUCGGAGUGAUGACCGCCCAGAAGUACCUGAGCAGCCGGGCGCUGGCGGCGCAGAGGACUUGGGUGCGCUCCAUCUCCGGCCGGGUGGAGUUCUUCUCCAGCGAGGGUUCGCUCCCGCCGCCUGCCCAGCGAGGAGAGCAGCCGCUGCCGGUCAUAGCUUUGCCCGGAGUGGACGACUCGUACCCGCCGCAGAAGAAAUCGUUUAUGAUGCUCAAGUACAUGCACGACCACUACCUGGACACCUAUGAAUGGUUCAUGCGGGCGGACGACGACGUCUACAUCAAAGGGGAAAAAUUGGAGGAAUUCCUUCGGUCACUGAACAGCAGUAAACCUCUUUAUUUGGGGCAAACAGGACUUGGAAAUAUUGAAGAACUUGGAAAACUGGGUCUUGAGCCAGGAGAAAACUUCUGCAUGGGAGGUCCUGGGAUGAUCUUCAGUCGAGAAGUUCUCCGGAGGAUGGUGCCACACAUCGGAGAAUGUCUUCGAGAAAUGUACACUACUCAUGAGGAUGUGGAAGUGGGCCGGUGUGUUCGACGGUUUGGUGGAACUCAGUGUGUCUGGUCAUAUGAGAUGCAGCAAUUAUUCCAUGAAAACUAUGAACACAACCGGAAGGGUUACAUACAGGAUCUUCACAACAGCAAAAUUCACACAGCAAUUACACUUCAUCCAAAUAAAAGGCCAGCCUAUCAGUAUAGGCUUCACAAUUACAUACUAACUCGUAAAAUUUCAGAAUUGCGUUACCGCACCAUCCAGCUUCAUCGUGAAAGUGCCCUUAUGAGCAAGCUCAGUAACGAGGAAAUGAGCAGAGAUGAUCAGCUUCUGGGCAUGAUGCCAUCUUUCAACCGCUUCCAGCCACGUGACAGAAAUGAAGUGAUUGAAUGGGACUUCCUGACUGGAAAGCUUCUUUACACUACGGCUGAGAAUCAGCCACCAAGGCAGAGCAUUAACAGCAUUCUGCGGGCAGCGUUGGAUGAUGCCAUAAUGCAGGUCAUGGAAAUGAUCAAUGAGAACUCUAAAUCUAGAGGAAGGCUUAUUGACUUCAAUGAAAUACAGUAUGGGUACCGCAGGGUUGACCCUCUGCAUGGUGUGGAAUACAUCUUGGAUUUGCUUCUUUUGUAUAAAAGGCACAAAGGAAGAAAAGUCACUGUUCCAGUUCGACGACAUGCUUACCUUCAACAGUUAUUUAGUAAACCAUUUUUCAGAGAGGAAGAAGAACUGGAUGUAAGAAGCCUCGUGGAAAGCGAGAACAGUGACAUACAGUCCUUUUCCUUCCUUUCCGAUUCCCUGAAUAUUUUUUCAUCAUUCCAAGGCACCAAAGAAAUAAGGGGAAUCAGUGACAAGAAGAUACACAUUCUUGUCCCUCUCACAGGGCGAUAUGAUAUUUUCCUAAGAUUUAUGGAGAACUUUGAGAAGACUUGCCUUAUCCCAAAGCAGAACGUGAAGUUGGCAGUCAUUCUUUUUAACUCUGAUUCUAGUCAGGGCUCCAGCAAACACCUUGAGUUAAUAAGUGAAUAUCAAAAUAAGUAUCCUACAGCAGACAUCAGUAUUGUUCCUAUGACAGGAGCUUUCUCUAGAGGUUUGGGGCUUGACAUGGCCUCUUCUCAAUUUGGCAAUGACACUUUGCUCCUAUUCUGUGAUGUUGACCUGAUAUUUACUCCUGAUUUUCUCCAGCGAUGCAGAGCUAACACCAUUCAAGGGCAACAGGUAUAUUACCCUAUUAUUUUUAGUCAAUAUGACCCCAAAGUAACAUAUGGGGGCAGCCCUCCGAAGGACAGUACCUUUGUUUUCACAAAGAAAACUGGAUUUUGGAGAGAUUAUGGGUUUGGGAUCACUUGCAUUUACAAAAGUGACCUUGUCAAUGCUGGUGGAUUUGAUACCUCAAUACAAGGCUGGGGUCUUGAGGAUGUAGACCUCUUCACUAAAGUAAUAAAUUCUGGACUGAAAGCAUUUAGAAGCCAAGAAGUGGGAGUUGUGCAUAUUUUUCAUCCAGUUCAUUGUGAUCCCAACCUAGACCCUAAACAAUAUAAGAUGUGUUUGGGGUCCAAAGCAAGUUCAUUUGCCUCUGCCAUGCAACUAGCUGAAAUAUGGCUAGAAAAACAUUUAGGUGUCAGAUACAAUCAAACUCUCUCCUGACAUUCUCACACAUCCUGCCUUCCUAGGGGAGGUUACCUCAUUGCAUCUUUCUUUUGUUCUUGCAUUCUUACAACUCCUCUUUGUCUUCCAAAGGUUGUGUCUUUGACCUCAAAUAAACAGAUUCUGCUGUCAAGAACAUUACAGAUCCCUACUGAACUGAUUACAUGUGGUGUCUUUCUAUUCUC